AUGGCAAGCUCUUCUGUCCCUCAGCUCCCGUUGCCCAGCUUGUUGACUUGUUGGAUUACAGCAAAGAAUGGCGAGCCAUGCACCAGAGCUCAUGAAAAAUUUUCUCCCAAGGAGUUUGUAUUGACAAUAGCCGAGGGACCGGCAGCGCUCCGCAAGAUAAUUGAGAAGAAGCUGGAAGAGAUGGUUCCUGGGCGAUGGCAGCCUGGUUUCGCAGUCUUCCUGAAGCCAUCAAAUCACGCCAAGCAAAAAGACUACGUCCCACUUGUUGAAAGCAGCGCGUUCAAAGCGCAGUUAGAAGGUGUGUGGCACACAGCUCGGCGUCGAAAAGUGGUCAAGCCGGGUUUGUUCUUGAGCUCUUCGUAUACAUCCCCAAAGAGUCGCGAACGUCAAGCACUUCGCUUCGUCGAGCUACCGCCUCGCGUAUUCAAGAGAGAUUCCCCGUGUUGCCGCUUUCUUACAGAAGUCUGGUAUUGCUGGUGUACCUGCUACACAAAACUAUAUGGCCGUUGCGCAGGCUAG